GGCACACCGAGUACGGUGUCUCUGUCGAGCACUGGCGUGAUGUUGGACGUCGGACUGCCACACAGAUCAUCGUCUCUCGCGACCGCCAAUGCUAUAAAGCUUUGCUCAAUCUCCUACCUCGCGGACAAAACACGACCGCCGUCAGUGCCUCGCUAUCCGAGUCCCUUGCUUCAACCAUCAGGACGCUGGCACUAAUUAUCAAGCGCCAUGUCGAGUCCCAGCAGCUAUGUGGAGUGGGAUCUCAGUGCAGACUUAAUAGGUCUUAUGUUCAACUGGGGCUUGCUUGGUAUCCUAUCCCUUCAAAUCUACGGAUACAUCUGUAAUCCAACCCCAGAUUCUGGGAGACAUCGAGCGGCAGUGGAUAUCCUCUUCUUAGUGGAACUGGUCCAGUCUGUCCUCCUCGCAGUGGAAACUGUUCGAGCUGUUACGCACGUCACUCCACAAAUCAACCUCUUCUGGCUAAGCGUAUACCUAAUGCCGUCUACCACGACAUACGCCGCAACGCAGUGGUUCUAUGUCAAGCGUAUCAUAGAGCUUUCUAGAAGGCAUAUUUGGUCCAUAUCCAUCGGCGCAUUCUCCGUACUACAGCUGAUUGCGGGAGUGUUUGCCAGUAUCUUUCUCUUGUUGAUACAACGCGGAGUAUGGGAUGCAGCCCCUUUCCAAUUGGCGGUGUGGGUCUGGCUCUCCCUCAACCUAGUCGCAAGCCUGCUCAUAGUUGUAGCAAUGAGUAUAACACUAUCAAGAGCAAGAUGGACCUGUUACAGCCAAUCAAGCGGAAUCUUGACCAGACUGGCCGCGAUAACCGUUGAGACAGGAGGUUUGAUGGCAACUGGCUUCAUACUAGCAUUCGGCCUGCAAUUUUCGCCGCACCCAGUAGCACCAAUCGCUUUGUUCAUACUGUCCAAGCUAUCCGCGUGCACACUGCUCGCAUGCCUGAACAAUAUCGCCCUGAACGGACAAAGCGCAUACUACAGCACCAAUGUCGACAUGUUGGACGACCUUGGCAAGGUGGAGUUCCAUCCGACUGUGCAUGGUGACGCUGGCUACGAAAACGCCGCCGCGGGGCUUGCUUACGUACAAUACGGAGCAUGAGCAGGUCAUCAUCACCUCGGUGCACGGUGUCGUGCACCUAGCGGGAGCGACGCGGAGCCCGGACUCGAAUGUACCACGCCCGCGGAGGACAUGUAUAUUCAUCGUAGACUAUGAUUUCCACUUCCUCUACGUAUACGACGAGGGACAUGUACUGCACUCGGUUGCCUGGAUUUUAUAGGUGUACAUUACUGUACUUGAGCAACUACUGACUUCGUGGCGAUUAGUACAGGAAUGAUCAUCUAUUAAUGAUGCCCUACAUAAGCCCCCUGAAGACAAUAAAAGGCUUAUACAACCAAACU